CAACGUCUAUGGCGGAGGCGAAUCUCCUCCGUCCUCUCCGGCGAUUUGUAGACUAGGAUUAUCCGCUGCAGACGGAUAGAGAAUGCGUGUUCAAUCUUUGGAGCGAUUUGAAGCAAACUGCGUAAUGUUGCGAGCUACCAUUUCUGCCUCGAUCCGAGGAAAGCUCUUGGAGGAUCUGCUUUUUAGCGCCUCAAGGAGUCGUGUACAGCAAGAUAACCAAAAAAUGUCUGCUUUGAGGUACAUAACAUUUUCGAUUCGAGAACGACAUUGCAGUGAUCCCCGUAAAGACAGAACAUGUUCGUGCUUGAGGAAAGAGAAGGUUCAUUGGUUUCUUGAUGCCAUGAUUCAUGAAUGUUCACCCUGGAGAUCUGAAGCUGGUGGGAAGGGGAGGCCUUUUCAUCGUUCUUCUCCUACAGAUUCUAGUUGCAUUAUGAAGGAAUCAUCCAUCUGGACCCCUCUUACUUGACCAUUAAAAAAAGAUGGAUUAAGAUUUAAAUAUAUGAAGCAUACUCUGCUGCAUGAGAGCUUCACACAGUGUCUGUUAUUUGGGAAAUCAUUUUUCUCCCUCCGGGUUGACUUUCUUGAUCCAUCCUGAGCUCCAGAUUUGAUCAAUCUCAGCUUAUGGCUACUGAUAAUGUGGCAAACAACAAUGCUAAAGGCUCACCCUCAGUUGCUAAGAUAAGUUAUCAGGUUGUCAUAGCAGCAACGAGAGACAUGGGUCUUGGUAUGGAUAUGAAAUUGCCAUGGGAUCUACCGACAGAUACGAAAUUUUUCCAUGAUGUUACCACAAAGACAUCUGAUCCUAGGAAGAAGAAUGCAACUAUCAUGGGAAGAAAAUCGUGGGAAUCUACUCCUCUCGAGAUUCGUCCCCUCCCUGGUCGGCUUAACAUUGUUUUGACGAGGUGUAACAAUCUUGACAUUGCCAAUGACGAGAAUGUACUGGUAUGCGGAAGCAUGGAAUCCGCUCUCGAACUUUUGGCCAGACCACCGUUUUGUUUGUCCAUCGAGAAGGUCUUUGUCAUUGGGGGUGGCGAUUUAUUAAGGCAUUAUAUGAAUGCACCCAGUUGUGACGCUGUCCACUUGACCGAGAUUGAUAUAAGCAUUCCAUGCGAUGCAUUUGCACCAAGGGUGGAUACUGCCCUCUACAGGCCUUGGUACUCAUCAUUUCCUAUUCUGGAAAACGGAAUUCGAUAUAGCUUCAAUACAUACGUCCGUAUAAAGGAUGCUGGUGUUGAUUUUGAGAAAGAACGGUGUUCUUUCUUGCCCAAUAUGGUUUUCGAGAGGCAUGAGGAGUUUAAUUACUUAGAUCUUGUCCGAGACAUUAUAUCUAGUGGGGACAUGAAGGAAGAUAGUACGGGGAAUGGUACUCUAUCGAAAUUUGGCCGUCAGAUCCGGUUCAAUCUGCGCAAAACUUUCCCGCUUCUAAUGACCAAGAGUGUAGUUUGGCAAAGCGUUGUUGAGGAAGUCCUACGGUUUAUCAAUGGUUCAAUCAAUUGCAAGGUCCUUCAGGAAGAGUGUAUCCAUGUAGGAGACACCAGUGGAUCCAGACAACAUCUUGAAAGGCUCACUGAUACCGAUGCAAAUCAUAACGGCCAGGGAUUCCAUGAGCUCCCAGAUGUUAUAGACAAGAUAAUGAAGAAUCCUGAUGAUCGGAGGAUUGUACUUCCAUUUUGGAAUCCCACAGUUCUCAACUCGACAGCAAUUCCUCCUUGCCAGAUGUUUGCACAGUUCUACGUUGCGAAUGGGGAGCUAUCAUGUCAGGUGUACAAGAGCUCGGACGAAAUUGGUCAUGGAGUUCCUUUCAGCAUAGCUGCUUAUGCUCUUUUGACAUGUAUCAUCGCUCAUAUUUGUGAUCUCGUAGCUGGUGAUUUCAUCUAUGUGAUUGGAGAUGCCCAUGUUUGCAGAACUCGGAUCAAGGAUUUACAAGAACAGCUUCAUAGCUCCCCAAGACCAUUCCCGAUGUUGAAAAUCAAUCCCCAGAAGAAGAAACUCGAUUCUUUUGAGGCUUCCGAUUUCGAGCUCAUGGGCUUUAAUCCUCACCAGAAAUGAAAAUGGCCAGAAAACCGGGAAAAGAAUCCAAUCUAAGGUUUGGCCAAUCUACCUUUAUGAUUCCCAUUAUCCAGAAAACGCUCAUUGAACAAAGGAGGAAUCUAAAGACCAUACCAUGAUUCAGAUACAUUCGUGAGUCCAUUUAUUUGGGUGUUUUUCCAAUGACUCGACUUGGUAGAUUAUAUUCAUUAAACUGUAUUAUUGGUCGAUUCCUUCGUGAGAAACUUAUUACUACUA